CUUGUCUUUCUUAUUUAGAUAUUUUCUUAACAUUAAGCAUUUCCCUUUAAGAAUGAGUAAUGCUAUUUAGCAAUUUUAACAUAACCUUGUCCUGUCAUCAAAACUAAAUAACCGCCUCAUUUGUGAACCUGGUCGUUUUUCUCAAAAUUAAAUAGAUGCAUGAAUUUAAUUAAGAAGCAUAUAUGAGGGAAGAGAAAAUUUCAUCAAGCACUACUUUGACGACGGGUUGCUGUUAUAAAAGGAAUGCAGUACGUGCUUCUCAUUCACGAACAUUUAUUUUCUUUAGCAAUGGCAGUUGAACAAGUCCUUCAUAUGAAUGGAGGUGAAGGAGAAACAAGUUACGCAAGUAACUCGACAUUUCAGAAAAAGGUGAUUCUGACUGCCAAACACAUCCUUGAAGAAAGUAUAAUGAGACUAUAUUGUGACAUUUUUCCAAACUGUUUGAAAGUGGCUGACUUAGGUUGUUCAUCAGGUCCAAAUGCACUUUUGGUUGCAUCUAAUAUAAUGAACACCAUUGAUGCAGUGAGCCAAAACAUGAGUCAUGAAACACCCAUGUUUCAGUUUUUUCUCAAUGACUUCAAUACUACUUUUAAGUCACUACCUGAUUUUUAUAAAAGACUUGAACAAGAGAAAGGACACAAGUUUAGUCCAUGUUUCUUUAGUGGAACACCAGGGUCUUUUUAUGGAAGACUCUUUCCUAACCAUUCCAUUCACUUUUUUCAUUCCUCCUAUAGUCUUCACUGGCUUUCUAAGACUCCAGAAGUGUUGCAAGAUGCUUUAGAACCAUUGAACAAAGGUGCUAUCUACCUAACAAGGACAAGUCCUCCAGCAGUGCACAAAGCAUACCAUGCACAAUUUCAACAAGACUUCACAUUAUUUUUGAGGUCACGUUCGUUUGAACUGCUUCCAGGUGGUGCUAUGGUCCUAACACUUAUUGGUAGAGAUGAACUAAAUGAACUGAUAAAUGCAUGGGUUGUGAUUGGCAUGGCACUCAAUGACAUGGCCACAGAGAAAUUGAUGGAGAAGAAAAAAUUGGACUCAUUUAACAUACCAUCUUAUUGUCCUACGUCUGAGGAGAUUAGGAAAGUGAUUGAAGAAGAAGGUUCUUUUGAUGUUCAAAGUUUGGAGACAAUUACAACAGAUUGGGUGAAAACCAUUGAUGUGAUUGAUGAUGAGGAUGGAGAUACAAGAGCUGAGGGAGUUGCAACAUUUAUAAGGGCUGUUGCUGAACCAAUUUUGAAGUCAGAGUUUGGAGAAGAAAUCAUGGAUGAACUAUUCAAUAGGUUCAAGAACAAGAUUAUUCAACUUGAUGGAGUUGAGAAAUUGGAAGUGCCUAAUUUAGUCAUGCACAUUACUAAACGUAUUUGAAGGUAUUAUUCAUCACCAAAGAGUUUAAUCCAUUGAAAUAUUUACUAUUUUAAUUCAAUAAAAUGGUGUUGCAAUUAUUAUUAUAUUCAUAAAGUUUUAUGUCAUGUAUAAUUUUCUUAUUUGAAAUUUUAAGUUUUGAAUCACUGUUUUUGUAAUUAUUAUGAAUUCCCCUAUAAAAUAUAUUAAGAUCCAAC